GUGUCAUGGGUACAAAAAGUAGGCCACUGAUAAGCAAUUGGACACUAAAAGUUACAAAAAUCCAUUGUUUUCUGAUAAUAAAGUACAAAUUACGUUUUGUCCACCAAUUUGUUUACCCUUCAUAUGAUCCUUUUAAUGAAAUCCAUUCAAUGCAAUGUCUUUUUGCGCCAUGGUUAUACUGCAAUCUAUAUAGUAUGUGUGUGUAUGUGUGUUUAUUGUCAGCAUAUGUCCAAAUGCAUCGUGAUUGUAGUCAGUGAACCAGCAGAUAGGUUACGUGCGAUUGUUUGGCCAUGUUAGGUUCACUGAAGGCUCCACAUUGACUUCACUGUUUGCAAACAUUUACAAAGGACCAUUGAAGGCUUUGAAUUGACUUCGCUGUUUACGAAAAACAUGCACGUUAGGUUACUUUAAGACUUUAAGUUGUCUUCAAUUUUUACAAAUGUGUAUUGCUAAGAUAAUUGAUGACCCUAGUCUCAACUGUAAUCUUUAAACAAAGGUAUUUCUGCUUAAUUGAGGAUUCUAAAUUGUCUUUAGUAUUUAUUAAAAAAACAUGUUGGGUUAAUUGGAAACUCCAUGUUGGCUUCAAAGUAUACAAAACACACAUGGUAUGUUUAUUUAAGACUUUAAAUUGCCUUCAGUCUUUGCAAAAACACAUUUUGAUUUAAUCAAAGACUCUAAAUUGACUUCAGUGUUUACAAAAACACAGAAGUUAAGAAAAAUGUAUGUCAGGGUAAAAAUGUGUUUGUUUGGUUAAAAAAACAUGUAUGUCAGGUUUAAAAACAGGUAUGUUAAUUAUUAUCAUUCGUGCCAUGUUAAAAAAAAGUGUAUGAUAGGUUGAAACCCUGUAUGUUAUGUGAAACAACAUGGAUGUUAGGUUAAAAACGUGUGUUUUGGGGAAAAAACAAACAAAAAAAUAUUUUAGGUUGAAACUGUGUAUGUUAUGUUAGAAAAUAUGUAUGUUGAGUUAAAAAUGCACUAAAAAACAUACGGCAGGGGUGUCUAAAGUGCAGUCGGGGGGACAUUUGCGGCCCGUGGCUAGUUUUUUAUUGGCCCGAGGCAUAUUGUGGAAAUAAAAUUAAACAAAAAAACAAAACAAAACAAAACAAAAAAAAAACAGCAAACAUGGGAAAAUACAGCAAAUAUAAAGAGAAAAAGCUGAAAUGUUCAUUCUAAUAACCUACACAAAGCUUUGUCUUUUUGUUUAACAUGUAUGUUAUGUUAAUUGAAGGCCGAGUUGUCAUCAAUGUUUGUAGAAAAGUAAUUGCAAAUGGUCUCAAUAGCCCUGAUAUUGACAGGGGAUUAGUUUAGGAUGUUUGUUGCCCUAAAUCAGCAUAGAAAUAUAACAUGGAUGGAUGGAUGGAUCAGUCUGGCAUUUUUGUCUUUUGCCCUGUGUUCUUUGUUUGUUGCCAGAAUGAUGUUUUUUCCGAAGCUUCUCUUUUAGAGGAAGAAACACGGGAGCGUCUGCUGUGAACUUUGCCAUAAAGAAAAUAAUCCAAGUGUGCACACAAUCUCUGGAGAUGGAUCACAUUGCUCUUCAGAAGAUGAAGAAGAUGAUCAAAGCCAUCCACAAUUCCGGAAUCACCCAUGUGGAAGCCAAGGAGCAGUACAUCGAGGUGCUGGAGAACCUGGGGAACAGCCACCUGAGCCAGGACAACAAUGAGGUCUCCACAGGCUUCCUCAACCUGGCCGUGUUCACCAGAGAGGUCACGGCCCUCUUCAAGAAUCUGGUGCAGAACCUCAACAACAUCAUGGCCUUCCCCUUGGAAAAUGUGCUGAAAUCAGAGCUGCGCGACAGUAGACUGGAGCUGAAGAAACAGAUGGAGAGAAGCUGGAAGGAGUACGACCUAAAAAUAGCCAAGCUGGAGAAGGAGCGCAAGGAGAAGAACAGGCAGCUGAUUAGGACGGAGGGAUCGGACGGAGGAGAAGACAUGGAAAGGGAGAGAAGGAGCUUUCAGCUACAGAUGUGCGAGUACCUUUUAAAGAUCCAGGAGCUGAAGGUUCGUCAAGGGCCUGAUCUCCUCCAGAGCCUCAUAAAGUUCUUCCAGGCCCAGCUGAGUUUCUUUCAGGACGGGCUGAAAGCUGCAGAGAAUCUCGCUCCCUUUGUGGAGAAACUCGCUUCUUCUGUUCACACGGUGCGGCUGGACCAGGAUGAGGAAGUCAAAAAGCUCACACAACUGAGGGAUUCUCUUCGAUUGCUGCUGCAAGUGGACGGCAAAGAGGAAUACCUGAACAGGAAAAACUCCGGCAACGGCUACAGCAUCCACCAGCCGCAGGGCAAUAAGCAGUACGGCACAGAAAAAUCGGGUUUCCUGCUCAAAAAGAGUGACGGGAUAAGGAAGGUGUGGCAGAAGAGGAAAUGUGGAGUCAAAUUUGGCUGUCUGACCAUCUCUCACAGCACGAUCAACCGACCACCAGCCAAGCUGAACCUCCUGACCUGUCAGGUGCGACCAAACCCGGAGGACCGGAGAGCCUUUGACCUGGUUACUCAUAAUCGGACAUACCAUUUCCAGUCAGAAGACGAGCAGGAAUGUGUGAUCUGGGUGUCGGUGCUGCAGAAUAGCAAGGAGGAGGCCCUGAACACAGCACUGGGAGGAGACCAGCUCCACCUCCAGGACAGCGGUCUGCAGGAACUUUCCAAAGCCAUUAUCGCAGAGCUCCGCCAAAUGCCAGGCAACGAUGCCUGCGCUGACUGUGGUGCCCCAGAUCCAACAUGGUUAUCGACCAAUCUCGGCAUCCUGACCUGUAUCGAGUGCUCGGGCAUCCACAGAGAGCUGGGUGUCCACUACUCCAGAAUCCAGUCCUUGACUCUGGACCUGCUGAGCACAUCUGAGUUACUGUUGGCUGUCAGUAUCGGGAACACAAGAUUCAACGACAUCAUGGAGGCGGGGCUUCCAAGCGAUGCUGUCAAACCUUUACCACAGAGUGACAUGAAUGCCAGAAAGGAGUACAUUGUCGCAAAGUAUGCCGAGCGUCGCUACGUGCUGCGAAGAGAGACACCGGAACCCGGACAGCUCUGUGACGCCGUGAGGAGUCGAGAUCUGACGUCUCUUUUACAGCUCUUCGCCGAAGGAGCGGACCUCACCAAACCCCUCUCGAUAACGGACGUACAGGCUGCCAAAGAAACCGCUCUCCAUUUGGCUGUGCGCCUGGAAGAAAGAAGCUCCCUGGCUAUCGUGGACUUCCUGUGUCAGAACGGCAACUGUCUGGAGAAGAGAACAGCAGAAGGAAACACAGCUCUGCAUUACAGCGCCCUCUACCAUAAGCCCGAAUCCCUCAAGUUGCUGCUUAAAGCCAAGGCCACUCUUCACAUAGUGAACUCAGCGGGAGAGACUGCCCUAGAUAUGGCAAGGAGGCUGCAGCACACACAAUGUGUUGAACUGUUGGAGCUGGCUCACAGUGGGAAGUUCAACUCUCAGAUUCACGUUGAGUUCAUGUGGCACACUCAAGCUCAGGAGAUGUACGACAGCGAGGACGACCUGGACGAGAGGGUAAGCCCAUUACCAAAAAAACUCUCUCCUCUGUCCUCAAACGGAGGCUUUGGAUCCCGUUGGAGUGUGAUUGGUGGCGCUGGGGGCAAUCCAGGCAGCAGACCUUGUCAGACCUAUGAGAACCUGGACUUCCUGUACAGAAAUCCACCAGCCAACAGCGCCCCCUCUGGAAUAGCCAUGCCACCACCGCCGCUGCCUGCUAAAUCCACCCCAAAAGGUCGCUCCGACCCUCAGCUCUCAGUCACAACACAGGACGUUAACCUCCCUACACCAAGACGAGGAUCUAACCCGACGGUCAACACCCCAGGUCCACAGACACAGGCCAGACAGAGCCCCCCUUUACCCAGCUCAGAGAGUCAAAGCCCAGGUGGUGGAAAACCACAUAAGGGGGGUGUGUUCAGGGGUCACAGACACAGUGGGGAUGGGCAAGCCUUUACUGGUUCCCCGUCUCCAAAUACUACCACAUCAUCUCAAAGCCACAUCGGACCCGUCAGUUCUGAGAAGACCACAUCGUACCGACGGACCAGCAGCGGAGGCAGCAACCAGGGGAAGUGUGCCGUGUUAUCACCCACCAGCAACCAAGAGGAGCCGUAUUGUAUUUUAGGGGGAAACUGCACAGGCCUCGGCCCAGUCCCUGCCUCUGCAGCCCCCUCUUCCUCACCCGGCGUGACCCCUGCACUGCGACCCCGCAGGAAUGCCAUGAUUUCAGGCAACAGACAACCAAAUAAGCGGGUCAAGGCUUUGGUGGACAGCAGACCCACCAAUUCAGAGCAGCUCGCCUUUUUCAAAGAUGAGACCAUUGUGGUCACGCUCUCUAGUGACCCCUAUUGGUGGAUGGGUUACAUAGAAGGGGACUCGUCCAGGAAUGGGACUUUUCCUGCCAACUACGUUCAGAAAGUAGCGAAUUAACGGACGUUUGCGAAUGAACAACUGAACCAGCACUGGCUGCUCAUUGGCAUUAUAGCGCUCUAGCGGCUCCAAGUGGACUUUAUGCUGUUUUCCUCACGCAGCUAACAUGGAUUUACUCAAACUGGAACAAUGUGAUUAAAUUGAGGACACACACUCAGCGGAGGCUGCGUGAGGAUACUGUUUAGGGAUUUACAUAGGGAGUCUCAAUCAUUAACAAAAACUGUCCUUGUUGCAUUUUUCAGUUCUCUAAAAUCUUUGUAUUCAUAGGUACAAAGACAUUUUGAAACAUUGAAGCAUUUCCGUGCUUGCCGAGCUAAUCCCUGUUUAAAUGCACUUUAAACCCAUGCAGGAUAAUUUCUUGGAAAAGGCCAGCUGCUGUCUAAAGAAGGCCAGGGUCUUUUAUUUAAAGAGGGAAAACGUAUUUUGGGCUUGCAGCCAAAAACCCUUUCAAGGUCUGCAGGCAUCCAGAACUAUUGUUAAUGAUGGAAUAUUUGUGGUAAAAACCAGGAAGUGACACUUAUUGAUAUGUGUGAAUACAGUUACUGGAGGCAUGUGUGCAUCGUAACAGUGCACACAAGCACAAUUGCACUUCAUGUACAUAUGAAAUAGCCUUUUUUGGAACUUUAAGUGAGGAAAACGUUUUUUAUACUGACAAGUAACUAUAAAAAUGUAACUCAUGUCAUGGAGAUUUAUAUGCUAACUGAUGUACAUACUUGUCUAAAAUGUCCGCUGAUGUGUGUGUAUGCGUGUGUCUACUGUACUCUUGUCAGCACACCACAAUAAUAAAUGUUAUCUUUGUAAAAGCAACAUUCUCGCAUUGAGUGCCAUUAGUGCAGGUGUACCUAAUAUUUUUGGACGGUGAGUGUGUAGUGCAAGUCAGAUGAUGAUGAUGAUGUUGAUGAUGAAAUGUUUCCAGACACAAGUAGCGCAGAAACUCAAACAGAACAAAAGCGGCUAAGUGCUUUUUUCGCUCGAUACAAGCACGCAUUGAUUAAAUUAUUCAUUGCAGAGCGGCACGCAUAAGAAAAACCUUCAGUACUUCCCUUUAUCUUGCGAGUCUGUGGCACUUUUUAGCACAUGCUAGCUCAAGAAAAACAUAUAUAUUUAGAUUUUAAUCUGGUGUUUAA